AUGUGUCUUAUUUCUCGAACAACACACUUACCCUGUCGUCCCGUCUACCGACUCUCUAUCCUCCGUAUUUCAGACAUCUGCUGUUCUCUAACAGCAAUAGGAAACUGGAAUACAAGCAGUCCUGUUCGUAUUCCUGGCAAAGGGUUUUACGACAUCUGUAGGGGAAGCCAAAGGAUGAAACGACUACCACGCAGCACACGAAAGAGUCGGCGUAUUAGGACAGUACAUAAUCCGCAUCGACUGGCUAUCCGAAUUAAGGCGCAGACGUUUCCAAAUGCCGUCUCCAAAGAGUUCAGCAUCGCCACCGGACGCGAACUCAGCACGGUUUCCUUCCAUUGCCUUCCUAGCUUCGCUUUAACUCUUGUAGACAAGGGUCUUAGAGAAUUCCUGGACUGUCAAGCCUUGCGUAAAUUCCAGAAUCCCCAAUUUCCAGCAAUUCCUACUGGGAUACGGGACUGGGACCUUAUAACUGGGCUCGGGGAUCGACAGCAUCAUAAUCAAUUGGUUUCCUUAGGUUUUCAGUAUACCUCCACCCGUCAAUGAUAGCCGAAGUCGCAGCUAUUAAACAAGAGUUAAAACUACUACUCACAGAUCAUCCACAGAGUGUCGCAUUCAAUACAGUAUCAUUGAAACUCAUUUUGACAGAGAAAACGGAGCACAAUCAAUUAAAUCAACGUGUUCGGCUUAUCACUGGUUCAAACGACGUACCCAGUGACAUUUUUAUCACGCAUAUCGCAGUCUCUCCCAUCAUCCCCUCUGGACAUACGGAAACCAGUCUUCUAGCGCAUUUAAGAGGCGUGGCACCGACUGCGCAACUAUCAGAGAUUGAUACAGAAGUCACUGGGCAUAAGCGAUGCCUGCAUGCAUCAGGAAAUGAAGUGAACGAUGCUGAGACCUCGAGGCGAUGCCCAAAGCUGGAGACAAUGUCGAGCGUGAAUGGAG